AUGGGGCUGGGGAGGGUUGAGGUGAGGAGAAUAGAGAACAAGAUCAAUAGGCAGGUGACCUUCUCCAAGAGGAAGGCCGGGCUGCUGAAGAAGGCCUACGAGCUCUCUGUUCUCUGCGACGUCGAACUCUCCCUCAUCAUCUUCUCCAACCGCGGCAAGCUCUUCGACUUCUCCACCGCCUCCAAGUUUUUAGAAUGCGAUGUGCUUAUUUUAGAUACUGGAUUGGGAAGUGCAGAGAAUCAAGCAAGAGUCAAGGAGUUACUUCAUGUGGAGGAAUCAAAACUAGAGGAGGACGAGGGAAAUACCACUCCAGCAGUGAGAUGGGUUUGA